GCGAGCGGCGGUGACGGCAGCUGGUGGCGACGUCGCGGUGGAGCUUGUGGCAAUCACAGAGCCUGACGGCGUCACAGUGCGAACUAGCGUGCUGCCAAUCCGAGGCCGUUGACGCCGGCGGACUGGAGCAUUUCGCGUCACAGCGGCGGCCCAAAGUGGCUGCGCCGGCCCGCACACUGGAGUUCUGCACGCCCGCCUGGACUGCACGGCCGGGCCCGAGCGGUGCGCGCGACGGUCUCACCGGAGCCGGCUCGCUGCCGCUCACUGGGUCAUUGAUCAGCCGCGCGUUGGGCGUGGGCCUGGCGCAGUCGGGCGGCGUCUGCUCCGCGGCGGAUGCUGGCGGCGCCAUGGACGUGGCCGGAGAGCAGUGCUACGGUGCCGCGGCGCCGCACGCGCCGCACGGUCACGCGGUGGGCGUGCCGAUCCCCGGCCGGCCGCAGUGGCCGUUCUCGCGGCCCGAGUUCACGGAGCGGCGCGCCGACCGCAGCGAGCUAGAGCUGGGCGGUUCGGCCGGGGCCGUCGCGUCCUCCUACCAGACGCCGUUCGCCGAGCUCGCGUCCAGUCUCAGUCCGGGGCGUGACGGCGGCUGGCACGUGGGCAGCCACGAGCCAGAGCUCUCGCGCAACCUGCAGCACAUCCAGAUCGACGACAUGUGGGAGGGCGUGGGGAUGGGCGACCUGAUCCCUGGCUCGACACUGGCCGAGCUGAGCGCGGGCGACGACUUGAAUGAACUGGAGCUGGAUCCACUGGCGGCGCACCACAUGACCGACCUGUCUCCCGGGAAGACGACGCUGACCAUUAAGGCGGAGUUCGCCGAGUAUCCGGUGAAGUCGGAGCCGCCGUGUGACGCCCGGCUGCUGCCCAGCUGCCGGCCAGCGCCCGGCGGAGAGCGCCGCCUUACGUUGCAGCCGGCGCCCGGUUGGACGUCGGAGAGGACGUCGCUGGCCAGCUCUGCGCCGCACGCCUCCAGCGCCAGCCUGGCCAGCCGUCUCAGCAGCUCGGUGCCCGGCGACGGCCUACUGGAGCUCCGACAGGCCAGGCUGUCGCCGCCCUCCGCUUUCAGAUGUGUGGGCGACGCGCGCGGCUCCGGCUCGUCGGUGUCAACAGGUAUCCUGAGCCCCGGCUCCCACGGUUCGUUCGCCGACGACGGAGCCGAGUCGCAGCAGGAGCGCGGCUCUGACAGCGACAGCGAUGCAGGUUCCAACGUCGGGGGCGACGAGAGCCUGAGCCAGUCGCUGGGCCGGAAGGAGCGUUACUUCUGGCAGUACAACGUGCAGGCCAAGGGGCCGAAGGGACAGCGGCUCCAGCUGACCCCGGAGAUGGCUGACCCGUUCCAAGCUCGCCAGCCGGUAGACCCGGUUUUCUCCAGCAGCUUCCAAGUGGACGGCAUCCAGCACAGGCGUACGCCCCCCGGCAGCGGGAAGGCACGGCGCGGCGACGGCAACGACCUGACGCCCAGUCCGAGGAAGCUGAUCAGCAUCCGCUGCGACCUGGACAAGCUGAACCGCCUCAUCGACGACAUGACGCCUCUCUCCGAGCUGCCGCUGAACGUGCGGUCUGAGUCACGCAAGGAGAAGAACAAGCUGGCCUCCAGAGUUUGUCGGCUGAAGAAGAAGGCUCAGCAUGAGGCUAAUAAGAUACAGCUGUCUGGACUUAAUGAAGAGCACAGACGGAUGACGGCCACACUACGUGACAUGGGCCAGGUGCUGCGUCUGCGUCUGUCGUCAUCUGGCUCGGCCAUCAGACCGGAGGAGGCCGGGCAGCUGAUGGAGCGUCUCUACAAACAGGCCAACAAGGGCCGCGUGGCUGGCCAUCUACAGGACUACGUGCAGCGCCGCCUGGAGCGGCAGGUGGCGCCACACGGCGGCGGCGGCGGCGGCGGCAGCCCUCCGGUGCCCGUCGAGCACGGCUAGGUCGGCGCAUCGCUGUCGGCUGGCCGGUGGCCCGGCCCACUGGAUCGGGUGGGAGGGAGCGACUGACCUGUCACGAAAGCCUCGUGGCACGAACUGGCGGUCGCGGUGCCGCGCCGGCCGAGCGAGGUCACCAUGCAGGCUGUGGACCCAAAUGAUGUAUACAUAUUUUGUCGUUGUUUUAUGCAUUUGAUUUACAUUUGUGCAUGUUCGUGGGUUAAGAUAUCACACACAAAUGCAUAUAUAUAUAUAUAUAUAUAUAUAUAUAUAUAUAUAUAUAUAUAUAUAUAUGUUUGUAUUUAUUUAUAUAAGGUAUAAAUGUAACACCUGUAGGUAUGCCAUGCAAAAACAUAUUGCAUAUGGUAAAUGCCUUUUGGGAGGUGUAGCGGCAGAGGCGACCCUUCACGGUUGUCGGGGCAGAGGUGUAGCUGCAGAGGCCAGGUGCUUGGCUGUCAGGGAAGAGGUGGGCAUGCACGGCUGUCAGAGCAGAGGUGUAGCUGCAGAGGCCAGGUGCUUGGCUGUCAGGGCAGAGGUGUAGCUCGAGACCAGCGUUCACAGUUGGCCGGGCAGAGGUGUAGCCGCAGAGGCGAGCAUGCACGGCUGUCAGGGCAGAUGUGUAGCUAGAGACCAGCGUUCACGGCUGUCAGGGCAGAAGUGUAGCCGCAGAGGCGAGCAUGCACGGCUGUCAGGGCAGAGGUGUAGCUGGAGACCAGCGUUCACAGUUGGUCGGGCAGAGGUGUAGCUGCAGAGGCGAGCAUGCACGGCUGUCUGGGCAGAGGUGUAGCUGCGGAGGCGGGCAUGCGCGGCUGUCUGGGCAGAGGUGUAGCUGCAGAGACCAGCAUGCACGGCUGUCUGGGCAGAGGUGUAGCUGCAGAGGCCAGCGUGCGCGGCUGGCAGGGCAGUGUGCCGUGCGGUCUAGCCUAGUCAACAGAUCGGACUCUCUGUUACCGACGGAGGGACGGGCUCUCCGCAGUGCGUGCUGGGCUGACCACGCCUGUGAUACCCUGGCUUGUACCUGCGUGUUAACGUGGUGCUCAAUGUACGCGUGCUCAGCUCUUGUCGUCAGCUGUCGUAACUCGCUGGGACAGAGGAAUUGCGUCCAUCUAUCAACCUCUAGCGAGCACUGAAACGUGCUAAAAGUUGUUAUCCGUAGGGCCUAUCGGUAAAGGCCACCCACCAUCAACCCUGUUCUUGCAUGGCCGACUCAUUUGGAAUUCCACCUGUGGUUUGUUGAAUUCUUUUUUGUUUGUUCCUGCCAAAGCGGAUGGCCUUAAUCCGUUUCCACCGAUCUAUUAAGUGAGAAUUAUUUUACAUUAUUUACGUUUUAUCGAGUACGUUUCGUGGUUCCUGGAUCUGCCGUCGACGAGUUGCGAUUCCGCAUCAAAAGUGAUAAAUUCUCAAUUCCUGGCCAGAAGCCGACUGUUCUACGUGCGCGCCCUACCCUUUGUCGUAGCAUGAAUGGCAUGGUGGCCCUCCGGUCCCUCGACCCAAUCCAGCCUCCACACUUUCGCAGCAGGAAUCGCCCGUCCCUUCCGUUUUCAAGCCAAUCGGCACAUUUCUCAAACACAAUAUUUAUGGUUUGUAACCUUACCCUGUGGACAGUUGUCAAACAGCUGCCUACCCUAAUUGGCUGCACAAAUCGAACAGCUGUUUAGCACGCAUUCUGGAUGUUGAGGUGGCUGGCCAGACCAGCAGGACCUAAUUGUCAGGUGUGGAUGGGGGCGCAGAAUGGGCCCACCCCACUCCACGUGAUACUGUGAUGAACCGCCUGUUGCUCGUACGUUGGUCGUUGUUUUCAGACAGUGAUCGGCACCAUGCCACCCAUCGUGGACAUCCAUAUUCUAUAUACACAGUCGCUGUUCAUAGGCUGGCGUUUACAUGGAAACUAAGGAAGAUGUAUGGACUCUUUCCUCGCCACGGAUAAUCGCUGAGAUGACGGGGACUGCAGA